AUGCCUGCUUCAUGCAAUCAAAGUGAGUGCACGAGGAAGCGACAUGCAGAUUGCGUCGACGAUCAAAGCUGGCUCUACUCGCACACGAACUUGUCUCAAGUUCUCGUCGAUCUGAACAUCUAUACGAAUGAAAAUGUCACCCGACAGCAGCGAGCUGAUUUUCGGGACAUUCUUUGCAUCCGACUGCCAAAGGACACCGAUGGAUGGACAUAUGUACACAUGGGCAAGAAAUGCAUCAGGCUGCAACGAGAAACAAAAGGAGAGAAGAAGCGCGAAGCAGACAUAGCUUUCAUGAACACGACUCUUGACACUGGUGUUGUAGAUCGAGGGCUGAAUUUCGAUUUCUUCUCUGACAAUCAAGCAGCUCAGAAUGCUGUCAAGGUGUUCAAGUUCUGUUUCCUGGACAUUGACCUGACUGGGAAGCAGCUCUUCGAUCGGAUGCUGCAGCAGCUUCGAGACAAUGGACCGCAGCUGAAGAAGGUGGUUGAGGAAGCGGUCGCUGAAAGCUUCGAUGCAGACCAGCACGACCGCAGAGAGGAGAUGAUUCGUCGCAUCGGAAAGAUGCAGAACGAGUUCAUGGUACUCCUGGACGAGGACGCCGCGUUGGCAGCCAACUUCCCACCCCUCUCUGUUCUCCUCGCCGGCCUGCUUGUCCCGGCAAACCUGAACGUGAACAUGGUGUGCCAGCUUCUGCAAAUCUUCCUGGUUCUGCUCCCGGUCCUUUCAGUGGCCGCCGUGUCGGAGUAUGCUGACUGGGACCACCCGUGCAAGCCGAUUCCGGGCCUGAGGCUUUGGGCCCGCACGGUGGGUGUUGUGGCGUCGUUGGUGAUCCUCGCCCGCCUGGCACAGGUAAUCCGGUGCGUGAUGGCCAAGGCGGACCCCGAACAUGGCAAUAUCACGAUACAAAUGAUGAUGUGCAUCAUCACUAUCUAUCGCGGUGAUGUUAAGAGACAUGUCUUAUGA